CGACCCAUUACCAUCGAUGGCUGAAGGGGCUUGAACAACAUAGAUUGGUUUGAAAUACCUGAAAAUACUCUAUUUACAAUUAGAAACAGUCUGAAAGGAAACGACAGACACAUCAUUCAUGAAUUCUGAAGCCAAGGACUUGGAUUUGCGAAAGGGCGAUGCAGAACAGCGGCCACACUUUGAGGCAGUGACCACUUUGGCAGACUCGCAGGCGAUUCGGAGUGUCGAUUUUCAUCCAAAUGGAAAGUUGUACGCGGUGGGUUCCAACUCCAAGACGUUUCGCAUCUGCCAGUAUCCACAACUUUCCAAGCUAAGAAAUGGCCAGCAGGCGGCAGUGUAUCCCCCCUCCGUUCUGUGCAAGCGAACGAAACACCAUCGAGGAUCAAUCUACUGCACUUGCUGGUCCAGGGACGGCGAGAUAAUUGCCACAGGAUCAAAUGAUAAAACCAUCAAGUAUAUGAGAUUUAACAACGACACAAACCAGCUGGUGGGUCACGAGAUGGAGCUGAAUAUGCACGAUGGAACUGUACGCGACAUGUGCUUCCUGGACGACUCCUCCACAAAGUCCCGCCUCCUAGUGAGCGGUGGUGCUGGUGACUGCAAGAUCUACAUAACGGACUGUGUUUCAGGAACCCCGUUUCAGGCGUUCAGUGGCCAUUCCGGUCAUAUAUUGUCACUGUUCAGCUGGAACAAUGCAAUGUUCGUGUCUGGAUCACAGGAUCAAACGAUACGCUUUUGGGAUCUUCGAGUGAACGUUUCGGUAAACACCUUGGAGCAUGAGCGUAAAGAUGGCACACUGGAAAACUCUGCUGUGACAGCCGUUUGCGUGGAUCCCACAGGCAGGCUUCUCGUAUCGGGACACGCGGAUAGCUCGUGCGUACUGUAUGACAUUCGUGGAAAUCGGCCAAUACAGCGGUUUUAUCCACACAGCGCUGAAAUAAGGUGCGUUCGGUUUUCUCCCUCCGCCUAUUACAUGCUGACUUGCAGCUACGACAAUUCCAUUAAGCUCACAGAUCUGCAAGGUGAUCUGGCACAUGAGCUGUCCUCCGUGGUGGUGGCGGAGCAUAAGGACAAAGCAAUAACCAUUCGAUGGCAUCCAACAGAAUUUUCCUUCAUCUCAACAUCAGCGGACAAAACAGCUACAUUAUGGGCCUUGCCGCCCUCGUAACGGAGAUGUUUCUCCAAAUUUCACGGACCACUAGCAAAUGCCUUCAUUUCGUUGUCAAUGCUGCAUUUUAGCAGAAGGAAGCAAUGCAUUUGCUGAUCAGACUGAUCUAAUUUAUGAAAGACACACAGAGCGUGCUCGCGUAACUAAUUUAAAACUAGAACUUUACCGAUCAUGAAAUCCGGCCAAAGGCUUUGCAAUAUGUUACUGGGCGCAAUGCAAUCGUUAUUUAACCCUUUUGGAAAUGAUAAAUAAACAAAAUAUUCACUUCGAAUUACUAUUGAAUACCCAAAGUAAAGUUAAAUAAAAGGAGCAGGCUUUAAGUUUUA